UUUCAGUGCAGGAUUUGGAGUCUAUGGUUGUGUGUUUGUUUGGAACUGUUUGUUUUGAUUUCCUUCCUGCAUACUCUGCCCAUUGUCUUAUCUCACUCGAGUCAAGAUGCCUUUCUGAGGCUUUCGUCCUGUUUUGAACUACCUCUGAUAGGCAGACUUCAUCGUCCGGAGAGGAUGCAAAACCCUACUUGCCAACUGAGCUGUCAGACUGAUGCAGGCAGCCUGGCCCUUUAAUUAGGCCAGCCUGGGAGUUGCUCGGUGCCUUUACUUCUGGCACUGAGGAAGCAGAGAUGUAGCUGCUACAGCAGCAGCAGCACCAUCAUCAUCACCGAGAAACCAGUACUAGAGAGAGUCUGCAGCAGAGAGGGAGCGAGUAUGUAUAGGCAAGCAGUCGCGAAGGAAAACAGGGCAUUUGCCAGGUUUCUUUUUGGAAGAGAAAAAGAGAGAGCAGAGAUUGGAAGAAAACUAAGCUGCUAACGGAAGGAGGAGUCCAUCUAGAAAUGUGCUGAUUUUUUCACAUCCUUAUGAAUUCUUCCCAAAUUGGGCUGCUUGAGACUGCAGAGUGUGCGUGUCAUUCCUUAGCUCCAGGUAGUGGGCCUUGCUAGUUCUGCCUGAAGACCAUGCCAGGUUUGUACUGCCUGCCAGCCUGGACUGCCCUUCCGCUACAGAGUUCGUGUGUCCAAGCCUGUGCCAAUGGCUAUUCCCUGGGCCUCACCGUCCACCUCACUUACAUCAACCUGGAGCAGCAGCCUGUGGAUGGAGUAUUUGUUUACCCGCUGGAGGAGUCGGAAGUGGUCUCGAGCUUUGAAGCUGCCACAGGAAGCAGGGCCUCCACUUUCCAGAUCCAGAACCGGCCCCGGAUGGAGGAGUGCUGCCUUGACUGCAACGCCAGCUGGAACCAGCCACUCCGCUGCACCAACGGUCACUUGGUCCUUGAUGAAGACUUGGCCCAUUCCACGUUCAUCAUCAGCACCGGCCCCAUUGGGCCCUCGGAGACCUUGACUGUGACCCUAAGCAGCAGCCAAGAGCUGGCCACUCUUCCGAACGGGGCGCUGCGUGUCCUCUUCCCAUCCGUUCUCAUGCCCUUCAUCGAUACCAUCCCCGAAAGUGAAAGUGAGGCAAGAGGCUUGUGUGACGACAGGUUGGCUCUAUGCUCCACCAGCUGCUUUGGGUCUGCCGGUCUGAAGAGUGAGCAGUCAUUCCUCGUGCCUCCCAAGGAGACCGACGUCUUCCGGGGAAAGGUUUACAAUCCCUUUCCCUACGAGUUCACCUUUGAGAUGCUGGUUAAGGGGCCCUGUUUACUUGCAGGACUGGAGAGCCCGUCCCACGCCCUUCGAGCUGAUGCGAAUCCAUUUGCAAGCUCUGCUUCAACGAUAUGCAUUACGCUGGCAGAGCAGCACAAAUGUGAUCGGAACCUGGAGAUUAUCUUGUAUCCAUGUGAACCACAUUAUCCACACCUCAUCAUUGAAGAGGGUGCCAUGACGUAUCAUGAGUAUGAGACACACAUCAGGAACCGGAGGGAUUACGCUCGUAUUGCCAAGAAAGACAAUGAUGGGGAGAGACAGGUGUCCUUUGUCCAGAAGAGAUUCCACAAAGACAUUUUCCACAAUCCUGUCCUGAUGCUGAAUUUCUGCCCUGAGAUGAGCAGCGUUUCCACUGAUUUCCACACCGUCACUCGGGAAAUGCUCUUCCUCAUUGACCGGAGCAGCAGCGUGAGCGACCUCUGCCUGGAUGGUAUCAAGGACGCUCUCUUGGUGGCUGUGAAAAGUCUCCCUUCUGGCACCUUGUUGAAUGUUGUUGGCUUUGGCUCCUGCAUCAAGCCUCUCUUUUCUGCAAGCAAGCCCUGCAAUAGUGAGACUCUCAGGAUGGCCAGCGAAUACAUCCGGAAGCUACGGACAGACUUGGGUGGACCCAACCUCCUGGCUGCUCUGACCUGGAUCUUGGGUCAGCCUCUUCAACGCGGGUUCCCACGGCAGCUCUUCCUCUUGACGGGCAGCGGGGCUGGAAACACAGGCAGAAUCAUUGAGCUAGUCAGGAGGCAGGCAGCCACUGUCAGGUGUUUCACCUUUGGCCUGGGCUCCGGGGCCUGCCAUAGGCUUCUGCAAGGAUUGGCCAAAGUCAGCAGAGGUCGAGCUGAAUUCCUAAAUCCUGGAGAAAGACUGCAGCCUAAGCUGAUCAAGUCUUUGAAGAAGGCCAUUGAGCCCGCCGUAAGUGACAUCACGAUUGACUGGUAUGUGCCGGACACCAUGGAGGCCCUGCUGUCCCCCAACGAGAUUGCAGUCCUAUAUCCAGGAGACCGUCUCAUCAGCUACUGCACCCUUUACCACAUUGCCAGCUUCCGAGACAAGAAGCCAACAGGCAGAGAGCAGAUGUGCCGGAGUCUCUCUCGGGGCUCUGCAGGUUCAGUGUUCCCGUCCCAGGACGAAGCAGUAGGGCAGGAAGAGGCCCAGGCACAGCCAGUUGGGGAGAGUCCAGACAUCUGUAAAGCCCUCCAUGACAUUUCUCGUGAGAUAUCUCUGGAGUUCUCUGCUGAAGAGUCUAUGAAAAGUGGGGAUCCAGUGUCUGGCGGAGACAUCUGGAAACGGAUCUACCAGCCCUCCUACAUCCAGGAGCAGUAUGUGCUCACUCACUGCUCCGUCAGCACCGACCAGAGCCAGGGCUUGUUCUCCCACAGCUCCACCAGCAGCGAGUCCACAGGUUCCAGAGAUGUUCCUCCGGAGGGGAGCUCCUUAGCCCUUGAGAGCAACUCUCAGCAAGGCCAGAAGAGUGUCUCCCUGUGCAAUUCCUCCACCAAAUCCGCUCCACUCCCCCAGGAUAAGACUGGUGCUGGUACUAAGGUGUCGGUGGCUGCAAGCUCUGAGGAGCUGGUGCGGAAGAAGGCCCUGGCCCGCGCUGCCCUGUGUGGUCGCAGCUUCUCUUCCCCGCAUGGUGAGCUGGACGCCCAUCGGCUGCGCCGGGCCUUGGAGAAAGUGUCCAAGAAACGCAACCGCUCCGUGGAAGGAAAGCUAGACGAGAUUGGGCCGGAGCUGCAGAAGAUGCCCAAGGGCAUUGCUGACUCAAGCAACAUGCUGUCACCUGCCAACUUGGACUGGGACAUGCUUUUGGAGCCUCCGUAUCUUUUCAGCCCAUCACCAGCAGCCACCGAACCGGGAGAGUCUGAGGGCAGCUCUUGGCCACCCCUCCGGUGCCAGGUGGUGAUCCAUGCGCUCAGUGCAGGAAAACCCGUCUCAUGGGAAGUGACCGUUGCCUUGGACUCCCUCCUCCUUGCCAAAGACAGCCAAGAGCCUUCCCAGCAGCAAGAGCAGAGCAAAGCCUGGGAUAAGCUGCUCCACCGCUUGACUGCUGGCUCGGUCAUCCGGGACAAUGAGAACGUGGCCCAGAGAGAAGCCGAGCUGGAGCAUGGUUUCUCUCGGAGAUUCCGCCUUAAGGCCAUGCAGUCCAGCAAGGCUUGCAACACACCCUCCAUUUAUACCUCCAUCGUGCCUGUGGACUCUUCCACCCAGGAGACCUUGCCAUCAGCCCUUGAGGUUCGCAGCACAGAGGGCUUAUAUGGCUACCAGCAAGGGUCCCGGUCAGCCAGCCGGCAUCACCGCAGUUGUUCCAUCGGUCUGGGAAAGAGGCAAGAUUCAGAGGACUUGGAUGACAUUCCUGCUUCUACAGAAGAGAUUCCUCCUUCUCCUAUCAGCGUCUCUUCUACUGCCCAAGAAAAGCAAAACUGUCCUCCUGAUGGUGUUGAUUCCAGUCCAUCACCUGCCUCUGUAGGCUCUCAGAAGUCAAUGGAGAACUUUUUAGGCUCCAGAUUCAGCAUCAGCCGGCGAAAAGGACCGGGACUGGCUCUGCGCCCACAAUGUCUUACUCCUGAAAGUGAGCUUUCGCCUUGCAACAGUGCCAUCCAUGACUACCUCCCUCUGAUGAAGCUUCAGCAAGCAGCAGGCAUGUUCCAGCUGACAGAGAGCUUUGCGGAGGUGGUUCAGAUUCCCUUGGACCGCUUGCGCCGGGCCUCUCCGUACGCCUCUCACCGCGCCAGCCUCAGCCCUGCCUCCAGCACUUCUCCAUGGGCCCUGAUUGCCAAGAGCACCCCAAAACCGUCAGAAAACCAGCUGUCAAUGGAUGGCGGAGAAGAGAUCAACGUUGGGAUGGGCAAGGAGGGGGCGAUGCGGUCGUGCUCACUUCACUCACAGAGCACAUGCUCCGAGGUCCCGAGUGCUGCCGUGUGGGCACAGGCCGACAGUGGACGUGGCUCGGAGACGGAUGCCUGCGACCAUUCCCCUGAUGUCUCAGAAGCCAGCAUUAGCCUGCCAGAGAUCGGCUUGGAGCCGGAAGAGGCCGACUUGGAGAGCAUGAGCUGGGCCACAGCGGUGGCGCUUGCGUGGCUGGAGCACCGCUCCGCUGGGUUCUUCGUGGAGUGGGAGCUGCUAGCGGCCAAGGCUGAUGCCUGGUUGCGGUUACAGCAGCUGCCGGAUGGGGUAGAUGUCGCUGCCCUUAAAGGGGCGGCACGCCAGCUCUUCCUGCUGCUCCGCCACUGGGAUGAAAACAUCAAGUUGAACAUGCUGUGUUACAACCCAAACAACAUGUGAAGGAACUGAGCAGGCUGGGCCUUCGGCUUUAGGUGCCAAUAAAAAGGCCUUUGUUCAGAGUCAGUAGUGUCAGCGUUGUCUUUCAAAGCUAAGGACUUCUGGCCUGCACCAGCUGUUGUUUUCCUUAAGUGACACCUGAAGACAAACUCAGUUGCUAGCUCUGGGCUGUUACAGAGAUCCAGGACCAUUUUCAAUUUCACUACAGAUGAUUCAUCUCUGAAACUUUCUAAUUGAAUCUGUAUGUAGUAUCAGGCCAACUGCAUUCCACGGAAACUUGGAAUUCCUUGAAAAAAGAUUAAUAUUGUUGACAAAAUGACAAUCGACUUUGUUUCAAGGCCACCAUUUCUGUAGGCCCAAUAGUGUCAGUGGAAGUUUCUGAAUGGACUCUCAAUGUUUUCCCCAAACCCUCUACAAUGGGGAGGAGCAAGGCGGAGUUCUUUAGUAGACAACCCAGUAUACAGCUAUCUGCAUGGAGAGAGUUCAAACAGUUUGGACAUAAAACAUUUUUCUAAUGUACUCAAUAUAAACAUAUGAAACUGCCUUAUAUCGAGUCAAACCAGUGCUCUAUCUUACCCUAAAAUGCCCACUCCAUUUGAUAACAACUCUUGAAGGUUCAAAUAAGAUGUCUUUCCAAGUCCUGCUGUCUGAAACAUGAGUAACAAUCCUGGGAUCUUUUUGGUGCAAAGUAUGCGUGGCUCAUUCUCUCUCUUCACUACAGCUCACAGGUCUCAAUGGACAUAUGCAGACACUUUUGUGCUUUGAAAACAUAAAACAAUCAACUCCAUUAUUCCCAAGAUAACUACAUUCCAGAACUAACUAUAUUGGCCUGUUUGCUGGCUGCUCCCUUAAGGAUGAAUCCUAUUUUUAAAAUGUAUUUAUGAAAACAUUGGUUAAAUUUCCCUUAGGUGCUGCAGAGUAUUAGAAAUGAUUUGCCAGAGCAAAAGGGUGAAAUCCCAUCUGUAAUUCUCGCUUCCAGCUUGUUCGGCUAUACUGAUGUAGGUACUGCUUAUGCAUCGAGAAUGUGUUACUAUACAUUCAUAUUUUAUCAAGUGCUGAAAAUGGCUUGCUUUUUAAAGCAGAUUUUUUAUAGGAUGUGGCAACUUUUUGGUAAUGCAACAGCUGUAACCAUAAGAUAAACACAAAAUAUAAGAGGGCAAGAAGCCUGGGCUAUUUUUAUUGAAAGUGUCCAACAUUGCUGCGGGCAGGUAUCUACUCUUUCCCACCUUCUCUCCAGUCAAAAUACAGUUUUGGGGGCAGAAGGUGAAUGCGACACCUGAGCAACAAGUUCCAGGAGGUACUGGAAACUGACCGUCAGCAGGCUUCCUAGAGUAAUGUCCAACCCAGGCAGAGGCUCCCUGGGUGUCUGGCCUUUCACCGUCAGAGGCUGUUGACAUCCAGUUGUUAUUCUGCUUUUUUCAAAGGCUGUUUCUCUUUCUGGGAGUCCAGGGAGGAUGCCGUCCCGUACCAGAGUUGCAGGAGGAUGAUGCCGUGGCAAACAUGGAGGGCGGCUGAGCUGUAAACCGUUGAGGGAUAUGUGUUCCAAGAGAGCUCUAUCAGGCCCAGGAUGAGCACCCUGAAGAAGGAAAGGGGAGAGAAGCAGCCCAGGGAGUUCAGCUUUGGGGCAGGGGUCACACAGGCAAGCAAUACAAGGCUCAGUAAAAACAUCCUUGCUAAACGGGAGGGAGAAUUCUGAAAUACAGGCAACUUCUGGGUCUAAAACACUCCUUUAUCCAGCCUUUAUUUUUCACACUGCCUUCUUUAGAUGGAUUUUCUGCAAGCAAAUUUUUGGUUAUAUGAUAUAAACUUAUAGGCCAAAUAGUGUAGGAACUUGUGUUGUUUAGUUCCGUGUUUUAUCAUUCUCUUCUUUAAAAUGUUUGUUUCUCCACCCCCAGCCUUUCUUUUAAAUAACCUACACCAUGUAAACUAAGUUGUCACUUUUUCUGUUGUUGACAUUUCGUUAUCCUCUGAAUCCUUCCCUCUUCAACCCUGUAUUUGUAUGUCUGUAACUCAGAAUAAACUCCAUGAAAUGAAUUAUGUCUUUAUGAUGUCACAAGACACUUGGAUAAUUCCCUUUGUUAUCAUUCACCAUCAAAUCAACUUCUACUUAUGACAACUCUAUGAAUGAGAGACUUCCAAGAUCCCCAAUCAUCAACUGCUCUGUUCUGUUUGAUUGAAAAUAAAACUUACGAACUCA